AAGAGAGAAGCAGAAGCUUUGAUGAGGAAGUUGAGAGCAGGAAACCCUCGCUAGUUGGUUUCUUUUUUGCAGUUGAUGGUUCCUGUUGAUCACGUCUGUCUACCUAGCCCGCCGUUUCUGGAUUUUUCAGCGUUUACCUGUCUGCUUUAGAAAAACCAUCGUUUGCCUAUGCAGAUCAGGAGCUCAACGUUUGUCUCUGGAAACCACCCUAGGCAUUUUCCCUGCCUAUAAAGCAUGUUGGUUCCUGAAAUAAUAGUGAGCACCAUGUGAGGAGAAGCUCCAAAAGGCAGAAAGGAGGCAGAGGCAAAGGAAGAGGAAGAGAAGAGAGAGACACCCCCCCGCCCAACCAUCUGCGGGUGGUGGAAUGCCACAAUGUCAGUGCUUACUCCUAUCCUGACCCCUUCUAAGGUGGAGAAGUACAUGACUGAAGGUGAACGCUUUAUCAAAUGGGAUGACGAAUCUGCAAAUGCACACCCUGUCAUUCUACGGGUGGAUCCAAAAGGAUUUUAUCUUUAUUGGACUUUUCAAAAUAAGGAAAUUGAAUUUUUGGAUAUUACAAGCAUCCGAGACACUAGAGUGGGGAAAUUUGCAAAGAUUCCUAAAAAUCACAAGCUCCAAGAAGUUUUCAAGUUGGAUUUUCCAAAGAGCAACUUUUUUCACAAGAUAUUGACUGUGGUUUCUGGUCCUGAUAUGGUGGACCUCACAUUUCACAAUUUUGUUUCUUAUAAAGAAAAUGUUGGAAAGAAAUGGGCAGAUGAUAUCAUGGACUUCAUUAGGAACCCCUUUAUAUACAAUGCUUCCCGUUACACUUUUCUGGAGAAAAUUCUGGUGAAACUAAAGCUGCAGCUGAAUGCUGAGGGGAAAAUUCCUGUCAAGAAUAUUUUUCAAAUGUUUCCCGCGGACAGAAAAAGGGUAGAGGCAGCAUUAAGUGCCUGUCAUCUUCCACAGGGGAAGAAUGAUGGUAUCAACCCAGAAGACUUUCCUGAAACAGUGUAUAAAACAUUCCUGAUGAACCUGUGUCCUCGGCCAGAUAUUGAUGAAAUAUUUACCUCACACCAUUCAAAAGCCAAGCCAUACAUGACGAAAGAUCACCUGACAAAAUUUAUCAACAAGAAACAGCGAAAUUCCCACCUCAAUGACACGCUUUUCCCUCCUGCCAAACCAGAUAGAGUACAGGGUCUCAUAGAAAAAUAUGAGCCCAGUGGGAUGAAUAUUCAAAGAGGGCAGCUGUCUCCUGAGGGAAUGGUUUGGUUCCUGUGUGGUCCUGAAAACAGCAUCGUAUCUCAGAACAAACUGUUGCUAUACCAAGAUAUGAACCAACCACUCUCCCACUACUUCAUCAACUCAUCCCACAAUACUUACCUAACAGCUGGACAGUUUUCUGGAAUCUCAUCUCCUGAAAUGUAUCGCCAAACUCUCUUGGCUGGUUGUCGUUGCGUGGAACUUGAUUGCUGGAAGGGACGUCCUCCAGAUGAGGAACCAAUCAUCACCCACGGGUACACUAUGACAACUGAAAUACUGUUCAAGGAUGCCAUUGAGGCUAUUGCGGAAAGCGCUUUUAAAACCUCUCCCUACCCAGUAAUCCUGUCUUUUGAGAACCAUGUGGAUUUGCCUAAGCAGCAGGAAAAGAUGGCUGAUUACUGCAGAACCAUCUUUGGGGACAUGUUGCUGACUGAACCCCUGGAAAAAUAUCUACUAAAACCUGGAGUUCCGUUGCCAAGUCCUCAGGAUCUCAUGGGGAAGAUCUUGAUUAAGAAUAAGAAGAACCAAUUUAUGCCUGGGGAGAACCAAGAUGCUCUGAAGAAGAGGAAGAGUUUGGAGGAUGAAGCCAAACCAACCCAUGAAGUCACAGACCAACCCAUACCUAUAGAAAAGGAUAGCACAGUCAAGCCAGUUGAGGAGGGUGAAAAAGUUCCUGAAGCAGAGAGAAAUUUGGAAAACCUAAACGAGGAAGAGAUUAAAAAGCUACAGUCUGAUGAGGGAACUGCAGGUCUGGAAGUGACUGCCUAUGAAGAAAUGUCCAGUCUGGUGAAUUACAUUCAACCCAUCAAAUUUGAGAGUUUUGAAAUUUCAGCACAGAAAAACCACAGUUAUGUCGUUUCCUCCUUCACUGAGCUGAAGGCUUAUGAGUUGUUGACCAGGUCACCCAUCCAGUUUGUUGACUACAACAAAAGACAGAUGAGCCGAAUUUAUCCCAAAGGGACUCGGAUAGAUUCAUCUAACUAUAUGCCACAGAUGUUCUGGAAUGUUGGGUGUCAAAUGGUGGCAUUAAACUUUCAGACAAAUGAUGUCCCCAUGCAGCAGAACAUGGCUCUGUUUGAAUUCAAUGGGCAAAGUGGCUAUCUUCUUAAACAUGACUUCAUGCGUCGUCCAGACAAGCACUUUGAUCCUUUUUCAGUGGAUCGGAUUGAUGUAGUUGUGGCAAGCACUUUGUCAGUCACCAUCAUUUCUGGCCAGUUCCUUUCAGAACGCAGCGUGAAGUCCUACGUAGAAGUAGAACUGUUUGGUCUACCAGGAGAUCCAAAGCGUAGAUAUAGAACCAAAGUGACACCAAAUGCCAACUCAAUCAAUCCUAUAUGGAAUGAAGACCCUUUUGUGUUUGAAAAGAUUUUGAUGCCAGAGUUGGCUUCUCUCAGAAUUGUAGCUUUGGAAGAAGGUGGGAAGUUUAUUGGUCACCGCAUUAUCCCAGUUACUGCUGUGUGCUCUGGCUACCAUCAUGUUUGCCUUCGUAGUGAAAGUAACCAGCCUCUUACAAUGCCCUCUCUAUUUGUCUAUGUGGAGAUGAAAGAUUAUGUUCCUGAUUCAUGGGCAGAUCUCACCAUGGCUUUAUCCAAUCCAAUAAAGUUUUUUAAUGCACAUGAUAAAAAGAUGAAGAAUGCAGAUGCUAAUAAUGGGAAAUCCAUACAGGAAAAGGAUCUUUCAAUCAAUGGGAUACCUAACAUCCUAGGAAGCUAUUGCACUCCUUCAAAUGGCCCCGCAGGAACCUUGAUUACACCAAAGGAAGGGACCAUGAAAGAAGCUGCAAAAUUAAUUACAGAGCCACAGACAGCAAGCAUUGAAGAGAUACAGCAGAUGAAAAAUUUUGGGAAGCUCUUGAAAAAGCAAGAAAAGGAACUAAAGGAGCUGGAGCGGAAGAUGACAAAGCGCAAGGAAGAAUUAUUACAGAAAUAUGCUGCUUUUUUCACAGAGGUGGUUAGCCAGCUUGGCAGAAAAGAAAUGCCAUGCCCAUCAAGAACUCCACGAAGAAAAAGUUGCAGGAUAGUUUUGGAUGAAAGCAGCACAAAAGGAAAUGCUGCAGAGUUGACCGAGAUUGCUGAUAAUAAAAUGAUGGAGCUAAAAGAGAAAUUGGAGGAAGAAUUACUCCACCUGGGAGAAGAACAGUAUGAUGCAAUCUGGAAGAAGAAAGAUCAGCAUGCCAUAGAGAAAGUUGCUAAAAUGUUACAGCUUGCAAGAGAGAAGCAAGCAUCUGAGCUGAAGGCACUAAAGGACUCUUGGGAAAGCGACACUAAAGAAAUGAAAAAGAAAUUAGAGGUGAAGAGACUGGAUAAAAUCCAAGCCGUGGCUAAGAAUGCUGAUAAGAGUGCUCAGGAAAGGUUAAAAAGAGAAAUCAAUAAUUCACAUAUUCAGGAAGUUGUAAAAGCAGUCAAGCAUAUGAAUGAGAAACAGUCAAGGCAUCAACAAGUCUUGGAAGCAAAGCAAUCAACCUGCCUAGGGAAAAUCAAGGAAAAAGAAAGCCAGCUCCAGCAGGAAGCAUUUGCCGAGUAUGAAAGCAAGAUGAAAACUAUCAGUGCAGAAGUGCAAGAUUCAGUGAAGAACUGCAUGAAAGUCUGUUACCCUUUGGAAGCUGAGACGGCAAAGAGAGAAGCUCCUGGAGCUGCUGGUGAGGGAGACCAAAGGCCAUGUGGGAACUUGGUGACUUCUGAGACUCUAAGAUAUGCAACUGAGGUGGUGAAGGAGGAUGUUAUCAUGGAUGAAGAAUCCACUGAUGCCCAGGAGAGCAGAUUGUAAGACUUAGCAGAAGUCUUAUUUUAAAGUUCCUGUAUUUUAAAAAUAAAUCUCAUUUUGUUUCAGAGUUCCAUAGAACAUAAUGGAAUAUCUGUUAGUUAUCCAAUGUUUUUGAAUAGUAGGACAUUUUGAUCUGGCAGACUUACAUCAGAGGUUUUCACUCUGUUUAGAUUUACUACUAAAAUCCAGCACCAAGAGAUAUUUCCUACUACUGGGAUCACAACAUAGAAUGAGCCUUAUUGGGUGGAUUUGAACAACAGCCAGCUAGUUAAGUUUCUCAACUCUCCAUCUGGACAGGCAGGAAGGUAACAGCCCCAUUAUCUCAAAAACCAAACUUGCUCUGAAGCAGUUUCAAGUCCAAGCCAGAAACAAUUGGCUCAGUUGUUAAACGGAAAAUGCUGAAAGGGGGAGGGAAAAUACAAAAGGACAAGGCAUCAAUUCUGGAGUGGAAGACACCACAUAUAGAGAUGCCCAUGCUGAAGUUUUGGCAGUUAUAACCCUUCCCUUCAGAAGAUUUUCCAACAAUACUAUGGAGUGUUGAUAACACCCAGCUUAUUCUAUUUACCAAAGUCUCUACAUAAAGAGGGAUCACUUCCAAAGUCUCACACAUAUUAGCUGAUUGCAGCAAACAUUUAGCAUGUAGUCAGUUCUUUAUGGCAGGGGUCUCCAACCUUGGCAACUUUAAGACUUGUGGACUUCAACUCCCAGAGGAGUUGAAGGAACUGUGGGAAUUGAAGUCCACAAAUCUUAAAAGUUGCCAAGGUUGGAGACUGUUGCUUUAUGGCAUUCAAUAGACAACUCUGAAGCAUCUCAAGGGUCCUAGCACACAAUGGAGGUCAAUCACAAUGCAGAGGAAAUGUGCACUGUUUCCAUUUAUCUAAAUUAAGCCUGAUUGAAAAACAAGAUUUCUUCCCUGAUCGGAGAGGACUCUUUUCUAUGUUUGGCUGUUUUCUUAAACCACUUUUGUUGUGGGACAUCAGCUGACAUAACAUCUUAAAGGGGACAAUCAGCAGAAAAGAGCAGAAAUAGUUCUCUUAAUCUGAACAGACACUGCCAAUUAACCCAAGUUACUCUUCUUUGUCCCAUGUAUAUAUACACAAAUCGCCUCACAGAUAUCCUUAAUCAUAAAGUCUUUGUGACAAAAUGCAGCAACUGAAUGCUGCUUGCCAUCCAAUCAUGUAAUCACCCAGAUACAUAUUCUCUCUGGCACUCUUAUAAAACUGGUUGUAGGAGAAGAGGUGGCUGACAAACCAGGUUAGACUCAGCAAUUUUUAGCUGCUGCAAGUUUGCUUAUCCCUGAAUAGAUCCAUGACCACUGACAUGUUCCAGGAUGAGCCAGAGAAGACUGCUGUUCUAGAGAGGUCCGAUGGAUCACUACAGAUACUGUGACAAGAUAUUCAUCACUAGGAUGUCUUUUUCUGGCUGCUAUUAAUUGCAUAUCCAGUUUAUGGCUGAGUGGGGGGGAAAAAAUCAAACACUGAGAUUUGUUAGAGGCAGUUUUUAGUCCUAUCUUGCUUUUUUCAAGCUAUGUGAGCAGGCCAGUCAGCUGUCUUUUUCUGUGGGCAGCAAAAGAGCUAUCUCAGUAUUGCUGUCCCAACUGUGAAAAAAACUAAAAAAAAACCCAGUCACAUCUACCAAUAGAAAUAUAUUUUGCAAACCUGGCCACUCUCGAGUCUAUCAAAGGAAUAAUUUGCAAUGUGUACCAAUUUGUCAUCUUUCACAAAACCAGAAGGCAUCCAAGGAACUGCAACUGAAAUUAGUCUAAUAGAUGUUUUGAGAAGACCUUGUUUUUCCAAAACAAAAGAAAAUAUAUGGCUAUUUUCAGGCCAUGGAAUGGCAAAAGUAAAUUGCCUUAAAUUUUUUGGGCAGGGGGAGGGAGUGUACAUGCAAACAGGUGUCCAGCAAAUAUGAAAAUUGUGCCAUUUCGCAAACAGUAAUAUGAGAUGGUUUUCAGUUUAGGGAUGACUUCUUGAUUAAAAUAAUAUAUGUAAAUUCAUUCAAGAUUAAUUAGGGCAGCCAUCAAUCUAACUUAGGAACUAUUAGUGCCACUAGAUCAUGGCCUCGGUGCAAAAGGACAGGGAAUGAUAUGUUUGGAGCAAUUCCAACAUCUGCAGAGAAAGGCUGCACCCUUAUUUUAAAAAAGGAAGAAAUUCAACUCUGCAGUGGUUAUCAUAGCUGCUUUUAAGAUACUUUCUGACUUGAUUUUAUGGAUCUCAGGUGAAUCGAAACUUAUGAGAGUUCAAGGGGUUAGAAAGCCAUCUUACAACUAAGGAAUAAUCAAACACCAGAUAUCAUCAGUAAGAUUUCUUCAUUUGUAACAUUUAAGAAAAUAUUGUAUCAUGAGAAAGGCAGAUUCGUAAUUCUAGCAAGUCACUGGCCUUUCAUAAAGUAUGAAACUGUCCCACCACCAACAUUCAUGCAUGUAUUUUUUUUAAAAAGUGCUUUAUUUUUUUAAUGGGAAGAGGGCUUUUAAAAGUACAGUUUGGAGAUUGAAAAGAAGAUAAAUCUCUGGUAGAAAGUAUAACCAGCCUCAUCAUAGGCCAUAUUUCUAAUAAAUUGAUCCAUUCUCUGACCACAAAGAAGUUCAAAUCUUGACAGGCUAAAAUGAAUUGAUUGCAAUAAAAAUGUUUCUAGACUAGCUAUUUCUUUUAAAGUAUUGUUUCUACAGUAUCAUCAGCUCUGGAAAUAUAAGGGAUUAAACCUGGAAGAUUCAAAGACAGGAACAGCUUCCACACAAUGUGCUUGAGAAAAGAAGAACCCAUUCAAUUAAAAAUAAUUCUGUACCCUCAUGAGACUCAGAAAUGAUUGCUAAGAUGCUUGGAAAUUCUGUAAUGUUGUAGCAAUUUAUUCAGUUUGUCAACAAAAUAUGCCCUUUUUACAAAUAUAUGCUCCCCCCCACCCAGAAUUAAACAUUACAAAUAUUGAAA